CAACGAAAGCAGUACACAACGGAUCAUCAAGUUUCAAUCCACCAUAUACCCUUGAAGUACACCCUCAAAGCAUCCUUGGACCUCCUCAGGGCGAAUGACAGGACCGUUUUCAUAAUUUCUAGAUCUCGUGAAACUUCGCAAUGGUGCUCAAGGUCCUUGCAGCGGCAGUCAACGCCGUGCUCCCAUCCAAAUACUAUGUGCACGCGUUCAUUUCAAUCCUUGUCAUUGUGGUGGUUCGCGCGUUCGCACGAGGGCGCACGACGAACCGUGAACGGGAUAUGCAUGCUAGAGUAGUCCUCCUCACAGGAGGGUUCACUCCGUUAGGCCUAACGCUCAUGCAGAACCUUGCUCAACGAGGCGCACAUAUAAUUGCUCUCUCGCCCAAGCCAGUCCAAGACCCUGAAGUAGAAAUCCUCAUAAACCUCUUGCGAUCGACCACCAAGAACGACCAGAUAUUCGCAGACGAAUGCGACCUGACAUCUGCUUCUUCUGUCCGCUCUUUCUGCUCCCGCUUCCUCACAGCAAAGGAGACUAGACUGGAUGGUAUCGUAUUCGCACACGAGUAUCAACAGUUAGGCUCCAUCAUCGGUCGCCAAGAUUCUGCUAUAUUAACCCAGGAGAGACAAAACGCUUCGCUAGCAUCGUUCUUAAUUCUCACUCUUCUUCUCCCCAUCCUCCUUGUUGCACCCGCAGAACGCGACAUACGCAUCAUCAACGUCGUGAACCCUUUCUACGCAGCCGCCGCACCCUCUUUCUCCCCAACCUCCAAGCCACCCCCAUCAUCUCCAGUUUUUCACCAAGAAGGCUGGCGUUCCCUUCAAAUGAUUGUUUUCACCCGCCACCUCCAGCGUGUCCUCGACGCACUGCCAUCUGGCGGGCAGGUCCCGAAGACAGACGACUCCACCAUCCACGUCGUCAGCGACAAGGUGCAAAAGUCCAACAUCGUCGCCGUAUCCGUGUGUCCCGGACUCUCUAGAUCAGAUACUAUCGCACCGCUGUUGAAUGCAGUCCGUGGACGGAAUCAAUCUAUAUUCGGCAUUGUUCUGUACAUGCUUCUUCAACCGUUCCUCCGCCUUCUCGCGAAAUCCACGACAUCUGCUAUACAAUCCGUGCUACAUGUCCUUUUUCUCCCAACACCUUUCAAGAGCAAUGCCCGCCAAGGCACAGAUGCUCCAGAAGAAGUGCUCAAGGCAGGCGCACUCUACCGCGAGUGUGCGGUUGUUAACCUGCGAAUACAAAGCCCUGUAACGGCUGACGCUGCCGAUGCGCAGGUGCCGGACGAUGGGGAAUUGGGAGGUGUACAUCUUGGUCAGGCGGUAUGGGAGGGCCUCGAGGAUGCGUUAAAGGAGUGGGAGAAAGUGAACCCGCAAGGCGAUGAGAAGGUUGGGUGUGAUGAUGGGCUAUCCGUUGAUACCCAAGGCAGUUAGAGGCGGGUGAGUUUGGUCAAUUUGUUUAUGACGACGUUGAUGAUGGAUAUAUGUAGCAUACGGACUUGUGUAUAUUGGAUUAGAGGAAAUGUCAUCUUGCUUGGAUACCAUUGCUCCAUCUUUAUGGGAUAUUCUGCAUUCAGGACUAUUGACCACUGCUGCGGCAUCACCCUCCGCUAUGGCUCAUACUAUCGAAUGUGUACGACAUGAUACCUCGUGAGUUAUACAUACUCCCUGUGUUUCGUUGAGUAGGAAGUUGCUAGCCAGUGCUCAGGUUAUUAUAUUUGGGUGAAUGAGAAAGUCAAACCAUGCUUGGCCUGAGACCCAG